UCAAUCUGGCCAACAACCGACCUAAUCACACAAUCACUUUGUACUGUAUAAGUUUCCAGCCAUUGACACAUGUUCAUACAUCGCAAUAGAGCAGAAGCAACAUCUUGCAGUCACCUGCUACACACGAGCGAGAAACCCAUCUCUCAACAAUACCUUCGCUAGUUCUACCUAUAUGGCUUCCACCGCGAGCAUGUUGGCCGUGGUCAUGGCGUGCGCGAUCCUCCUCGCCGGCAGCACGUGCCACGCCGCCCGCAACCUGGCCGACACGACGUCCGCGGCCGCCGCUCCGGCUGCAAGCACCGUCCCUGGCCUGCCGGCCAUGCCAACCUUGCCCGGCGUGCCCACGGACACGGUGACCCUGAUGCCACCCAUGCCGUCGGUCACCCUGCCCACCGUGCCGCAGGUGACGCUGCCGCCCAUGCCGGCCAUCGUCGUGCCCAGGGCGGUCCUGCCGCCCAUGCCCAAGGUCACCCUCCCCACCGUGCCGCAGGUGACGAUGGCGCCGAUGCCCGCCAUUGUCGUGCCCAAGGUGACGCUGCCGCCGUUGCCGUUCGUCCCGAGUGUGAACGUGCCCAUGCCGUUCGCGGCUCCACCACCGUCAGCGUAGGCGCGUCCACCCGGUGGUGCUUUCGCCCUGUCCACGAUAGGGUGCCGUUCAUGUGAGAUUGGCGCCAGAUUACUACUCACUACGUGGGCACGACGUACACUUUCUUACAUGCAAGCUCCGUGUUUUAUAUGCGAUGUUUAAAUAGUUCUACCUUUUCUUCACGUCUCAGUAUAUGUAUUCUUAGUGUUUUACUGUUGAGGAUUGUCCAAUUGUAUGUAUAUUCGUGUUUUUCCAACAUACAAAUUUCUAUUUACGGUAA